AUGAUGGUGGGUUUCUGUGCAGAUAGUUUAUGGUGGAGAUUGAAAGUUGGUGGUGAAUGGUGGUUGCAUGGAGAUAUUGUUGAUAUGGCAAUGAUGGUGGUGGAGCUGGAAAGUGAAAAUGUCAUUGGUAGUUUUUUUGAAUGGUGUGGUGCUAUGAUAUGGUCUGGAGUAUGGAGGAGGAAGAUAGAUGCGUGGGGCAUUGGGGAGACAGAUGCGUGGGCAUUGGGCAAAGGGCAUAGUUUGGUGGUUGUCAUUGGUGUGACCAUGUUGAUUGGAGAUGUUGGUGGCGUUGAUCGGUUCAAGCGGCAAUUUGCCCAUCUUGAGGAGCAUUAUGGCAAAGGAGAAAGAAGUAGUCCGCUUCAAAGGCAGCAUGCUUCUUUACCUAGAGAGCGGGUCCCGGCACCCAAGGAUGAAACUACGGCCCAAAAUAAUGAUUUUGAAAAGCAAACUGCAGCUUUUGUGGCUACAGGUCUUCAGAGUCCUCCAAGACAGGCUGCUGGAUCAGAAAAUGCACAUAUAAAUGCACAAAAUGGACCAAUUAACCCAAAUUGCAGUGCUCGCAGUUUGUUAAAGAGUGCUAGUAUUAGUGGUUCCAAGUGUCUUGGCGUGGAAAGAAGAAGAAAUUCAGAGGAAGAAUCAAUUGUAGAACAACAUGAGGUUGAUGGUUUGACCAAAGAAGUUGCGGCCCUUAAAGCCUGA